AUCACAGCUGCGAUAGAGCCACUCGGUUCACCUAAUCGCCUGGUAGAUUUUGUCCACCUAUUUUCGUAUUCACGAUUAUGGUUCGUGAUACCCACGCCGGAACCCUUACGAAACACGCCGUCAUCAGGCCGUUUCAGUACUGGGUAUGGAUAGCGCUUGGAAUAGCAACCGGAGCAGUUCUGGUAGUCUUGCGUUGCUUUGAUCUCUUCUUGAUAACGAGAGAAAGAUACAUUGUGAAGGAAAAGGACACAAUGAAUGCAAACAGAAACAUCGUCGUGUACUUGUUGGCCACACUAUUAAAUCAAGGCGGAUACUUAUCAUACAUCCUGACGUCGAUCCGCCUUGUAAUAGGGGCGUGGUGCUUACUGACCCUUGUGCUCGUCAAUAGCUACAACAGCACCCUCAUCUCAUACGUGACAGCCAAGCGCCUUGCAAUGCCACUCGUCAGUUCAAUGAAAGCGCUUGCCCAGAAAUCCAAAGUCCAUCUCGUCGUCGACAGAGACCAGGGUCCCGAUAGCCUUUUUAUGUCUGCACAAUCUGGAUUGUUUCAGGCGCUCGGAGACAAGUUACGAGCCUAUCCGCAGUCGAGGUGUAACUCUUCAAAGCAGUGUGUUGACAUGGUGAAAUCAACACCCCCUCGGCAUGUUUACGUGAACGUAUGUAUCACUCUGAAAUUAAUAAAAGCCAUUGCUUUGCUGAUUGUUAAUUCCUCUUGUGACGCCUUUUGUCUAUUCUUUCACCGUUAUAAACGUCAUAUUGUGGUCAACUUCAACCAUUUUGAGAUUGGCACAAAAAUUGUCAUUGAACUCUUGAUAAUGGCAAAUAGUGAUCUGGCUUUACUAGCUGUGCUUAAACAAGAGUACCAAACUACAAGAAAAUGCUACCUGGCCAUAGGUGGUGAACUAGUAAAAGACUUUGCCCUCAUGUGGGGCCUGGCCAAGGGAAGUCCAUACUUGGAGGAAUUCAAUCGAGGGACGUUGACACUCCACGAAUUUGGGCUGAUUCUGUUUUGGGAUAAAAAGUUGAAGCCUGACAUUAGGCCUUGCUCGAGCCAAAUUGAAGACUACCGCAUUAUCAAAAAGGAAAAAAUUCCACGCGUACGACUAACAUUGCCCAAUUUGACGGGAGCAUUUGCUGUUCUCGCCGUCGGUUAUUUAGUUUCAUAUUUCAUUGUUGACUUUUCUAGUGGAAAAGAUAGGUUCAGACGUCGUCUGCUGUCUCAUGAUGGCGGACAGGGCUUGCCGUCAGAGAAGGAAAAGUUUAAUUUAUGA